GGGCCUGCGGGCGCCCCUGUCCCUCGGGGCUCCGUGCGCAGGGCGGCCGCAUGGUGCCGGGGCGCGCGGCUGGGGACGCCGGCGGGGCGGCUGCGGGCGUGGUUCACGCGUCCCCGGGGAGGGUCGCCCUGCGGGUGAAGGGGCGCCCGGGCGCGGCCGCCGGAGGCGUUUGGCCCAGCGUGGGAGCCGUAGCGCCGUCCCUCGACGGCCACCGUAGGCCGGCCUCACGCCCCCUCCACCCGCGCCGACCGAGCCGCGCUUCCCUUCCCCCUGCUCCGUGCCCGCUCUGGGCGUCCGGGACUCGACGCUUCCCGAGGCGCGCGUGCGUGCAUGCGUGCGUGCGCACGCUGCGAGCAGUCCGCAGCGCUGCCUCCCCCGAACGCCCUCGGGGUCGCGCCUGGUCUUGCGCAGGCGCAGAUGGCUGGCCUGAGCCUGCCGUUCCUGGGCCGCGCCUCCGUGCCCGAGGAGGGGCGGUGCGCAGGCGCGCUCCCGUGGAGCCGUCCUUUGGUCCCAGAAGAGGGCUUGAUCCUGGUAGUGGCCCCGGCCUGAGGUGUCUGCGACUCGGCGCGCUGAUGCCGGUCGCUGGGGUGGGGCCGGGCCCCGGAGGAAGCCGCCUUCCCGGCGGAGAUGGGUGGCCCAGGGACCGGGAACAGGUCUGGUCCUCGCGGGACCGUGUGCGAAGGCGCCCUGCGAGGCUCGGGUCUGGGGCUGGGAGGACGGGGCGGCCGCGGGAAUGGGGGCGCCCCCCGGGCUCCGGGAGGGCGGGGAAGGGGGGGGCGGCCGAUGCCUCGCGGACCCGGGCGGCAGGGAGCGGGUGGGUGGCUGCCAGGCCUGGUGGGCCAGCGGCGACUUCGGCAGCCGAAGAGGGGACAGCCCCGGAGCGCGAGCAGGCCCAGCAGCAGCCCCAGGGCCCCCCCAGUGAAGGAAAGGGACUUGUGUUAGUGUCCCCACGCCUGGUUCGUACAGGCUGGCGGGUGUCCUGGGGGUUUCCAGCGAGGAGUGUGUUGGGGAGCGCUCCUGGGUGUGGCUGCUGGGUGGGAGGGGAAAGCAGGGUCAGCAGGCCCUGGGGCGACCGGAAAGUGGGUGGCCCUUCUGAGUCAUGGCUCUGGAGCAAGGGGGCUGGGCCCUCCGGCCCACCAGGCCCGUCAUUGGCUACAGCGAGCUGGCUCCUGGACCCACGUCCUUUGGACCAGGGCCAACCUGAGGGCUGGCGCAGCUACGUUCUCCACUGUGGCCCCAUCCUCGCCACUGGAGAGAGAGCCGCCUUUACUCCUGCAUGAGCAGGAGUUCGAGGAACAUCUGGACGAGCAAAGGGCACCAGGAGGUAGCACAGCAAAAAAGGCCAAGAGCCUGUUUUCUUUACCGAUGGCUGGCGGCAAAUAUUCCAAAAGAAACAGGUGUCAGGCAAGAAGUGUUGGUUCACGGCGGUCAUUCCACUGCUUUGGGAGCCGAGGCAGGGGCAUCACUUGCCCCAGAAGUUUGAGACCAGCCUGGGCAACAUAGUGAGACCCCUGUCUCUACAAAAAAAUUAAAAUCAGUAAACAGGUCUUCCUUCCUCAAUAGCCCCGUUGCUGGCUCACCUCUCUGCCUCUCCAGAUGUUUAGCUAUUGGGGUAAGGCUGGGCGUGGUGACACACCUGUCGUUCCGGCCUCAGAUCUCUUGUGCCCAGGAGUUUUAAGACCAGCCUGGGCGACAUGGCUGGCAACAUGGCCUCCACAAAAAUAAACAUUUUAAAUAUAUAAACAUUGAGAUAAUAAAAAGCAUCUUAAUGCCUGCCUUCA